AUGGCCGCCGAUAAAGCUUCACUAGCUGCUUCCACCCAGGAAGCCAAUCCAAUACAUCGAGCAGCAACUCAAGUGAAACAACCAACUACUGGAACUUCCCAUUCCUUCGGAAAUGGAUUCGCCAAAUUCGCGGCCCUGGGUGGUCCGUUGUCAAUCCUCUUUUUCUUCAUCAUGCUACCAAUGACCGAUUUUCUCCCACCAAAGCCACCACGAAUGCCUACCGAAAAGGUCGUCGCCCACUACGUCUACCAUGAAAAAAGCCUGAAAGGUGGCGUUGCGCUCAUGACCUUUGUUGGGCUGUUCUUCCCGCUCUACACCGCUGCGAUCGGAGGCCAGCUAUCGCGCAUUCCAGGGAUGCCAAAGACCGUCAUCUACACCCAAUUGAUAGGUGGAACCCUUGGAGGCUUGUUCCUGACGCUCCCCGCAUAUUUCUUCGCCGUCACAAUGUAUAGACUUGAUCGCCCUCCCGAGAUAACACAGGCACUGCACGACCAGGCAUGGAUCUUCUUUGCGAUGCCAUUCCCAUCGCUGCUUGCGCAAGACCUUUCAUUCUCUUAUGGUGUUCUCUUGGACAGGCGGCAAAAUCCCUUGUUUCCACAUUGGCUAGCGUACUUUAGCUCUGGGAUGACAUUGACCUUUUGGCCAGCCCUUGGGACACAUUGCGUCAAACACGGAGCGGUGGCAUGGAAUGGAGGAUUGACUUUCUGGACGGCGGGGGUUGGUGGCGGCCUUCAGAUUCUAGUUAUGAGUAUCUACACCUGGUUUGCGGCCUCAAGAAAAGACCUGCCAGCAGAUGGAGAGGCCACCGAGAGAACUAUUACGCAGGACGUUGAGGUCAAUCGUUUUGCACUUGCUGCUCGAAGAGAAGCAAGAUCUUGUCCCCCUGAGAUAUGA